AAGGAAUACUUUGAAAGAAAGAAACUUAAGUCAAAAAUGAAGCUCCUGGAUGUAUCAUCUCCUAAAAGUUCAGCAGUCAGUUUGGAUCUUCUUAAUCUAUAUGUGGUUAACCAGAUAUCAACCAAAAAAGACAACACUGAGAACAUGAGGAAGCCAAUCCACAUUGAUAUCACUGAAGAUGAAAAGAAACCUAUCAGAAGACAUAACUUAGAGCUUCCCACGUCACCCCUACGUACACAACAUAAGUCAAACUUAGAGGAUCUCCAGAGCAGGCUGCAAAAGCAAGUUAUGGACAGCAGGAGACAGCAUCUCUCGGAAAAAGUAAAAUACCAGCAUAAUUCAGGAAACAGCUUUGAUCAAGACCCUUGGAAUACAAAAUCUUCAAGCCAGGUUAUUUUCAGGAAGUCUGAUACAAUGCCUCAGGAGCUGUUCAAGCCCUACCCCUGUUACACCUCAUUGCCUACCCCCAGGCUAGACAACAUGAAUUCUUCCAGGAAAAAUCCAGUGAUAAUAGCCAGUAAUGAAUCAGAAAACUGUGAAGGAAUAAAAGAACAAGUAUUUGAUAUUGUGAAAGAAACUGCAGAACUGAAAGGUCCCCAAGAUGGAAGUGGUUGUUCCUUUCUGUCAUUAUUUGAAGAUGAGAGUCAACCAAUUCAUAAUAAUCCAUCCACAAAGCAUUUUAAUCCUUUUUCUAACCAAAGCAAUACUGACAUUUUUGCCACUGUUCCUGAUGUUAGAAAUCAAAUUACAAACAAAAAUUAUUCUUAUGACACUAGAAGGGUUUAUCCUGCAAUCAAUACAAAAGAAAAUUCCAUAGAUAGACACCUUGAAGGCGUUUUCACAGCUCCAGAACAGGUUUUCCUUAAAAGUAACAACGUGUUAAGUACAAGCUACAAGGAAACCAGUGGACUUCAUAAAACCCACCUGCAGAACUGUCACGAGGGACAGCAGUACUUCAUACCCUGUGGGAAGAAAGAAAAAGGAGCAAACCUUGAAAAAAUCGGGAUGUUUGCUUAUCACCAUGAUCGGCAGAAUAGCUUAAAGGAGAAUGUGCAGAAUUAUUCAAGAAAAAAAUGUGAUGACAAAUAUGUGAAAGAAACAGCCUGGAAUCAGAACCAUCUCUUUGUAUUUGAAGAGUUCACAACAGCACAUGAGAAAGGGUAUAAGUUUGGAGUGAGUUCGUAUCUUCAUGAGAUGGAGAUGGAUGUGGAGUCACCACUCAGCAGUCAUUUUCACAGUUACUCUCCAAGGCAGACUGAGAGCUAUUUGAGCUCUAGUCCUGACACAUCUGAAGCAGAAGACACAGCCAAAAGGAAGGAAUAUCUGAAUGAACAGUCCUUAAAGGCACAUGAUGCCAACCUAUUCUCAGCCUCAGCAAGCAGAGAGACCCCCAAGAGCUCUCAGACUCAAAGUGUGGCCAUGAAGCCCAGCAGUUUUUUGGCUAGAGAAGAAGCAAACAAUUUUCAGGAGAAAGACUCUAAUGUUUGUGCCACAGACGAGGAAAAUAAAGCCCGCAGAGCCCUGUCUCAGGGCCCAUCACACAGGGCCCUUAAGAGGGAGCAUGUCACUCGCAGCACCAGGUGCGAUGUUUGGUCGCAGACCGAGGGCUCUGUGACAGAAGUAAAGAAGGUGGAUGUGGGCACUCAGUGUGGCACCUUGAGGGUGUGCAGCUGUGGGGGAUCCCUCCCCCCUGCCCGCAGCCCAGUGGAGCUGGGCAGCUGCCCAGCCACCCAGCCCGCAGCUGCUCCUCCCAGCACUGCCGGCACCGCCGGAGAGCACGAACGGCCAGGGCAGGAGGUGCCGCAGCCCGCGGGCACCGCCAGCGCGGCCGGGACAGACGCCUUUUUUUCUGAGGCCGAGUACUUGUGUUUGGCUGGCAGGAGGACUCUAGAGGUGCUGAGCUAUAUCGAUAAAAUGAAGGAGAGAGAUAAGCUGUGAUCAACUAUAAUGGCAUGUAAGGAACACCAUAGUUUUGUCCUGUUCUUAGUGCA